AGUGGCCAAAUCGAUAUCACAAAGAAAAUAUUAAUGACAACAUUACGUCUCGCAUAAAGACAGCUAUUUUACGAUUGUCUAAAGGAUCGUUUUGUCUCACUUGGCACGUUAUAGUCUUACAGUCAAACUGACUAAUACGACGUACGCUAAUAGCACGGCAUCACAACAAUGGAGAACGGUGAUGGAAUGGAGACAUGUGAGCCAAAGACAGGCCGUCAAACACAGCAGUUGUGUCGUUUCUUUUCUCAAAGAAGACGCUGCAACUUUGGGGCCAAGUGCAGAUAUUUACACGUAAGAGUUGAUUCUAUAUCUGACCAGAAAGAUGAAAUCACGACUCUCUGCCAACCUGGCCACCCAUCCCUCCACUCCGUGCGUCAUGAAGAGGAAGGGGAUGUGAAUGUCCUCACUGCCAAGCUCAAGGCAUCCUCAGGAGCCGGACGUCGUGCCUGCCGCUACUUUUUGUCAGGGCACUGCACGAUGGAGGACAGGUGUCGCUUCUGGCAUCCACCGCAGUUCCCUUCAGUUGGGGACCACGCCGAUUCAGUAGAGCAGACCAACUUGUCGCAAAGAAGACUACCUGCCCCUCGGCCAAACGUACUCCAAGAGGUCAAACUGUCCGAGCUGACAGAGGACGUUGCCGCACAGCUCCGGGACACCGAGAUCAAGCAGAUGAAGAGGCGUUUCCCUAAAGAGCGUCUGAUAAUUCAAGAGCGAAGUGAUGGCAAGGUUACGUAUUACAGGGCCACUGUUGAAGCCACUGAUCCAGACUGGCCUUUUGAUUUGAAAGAAAUUGACAUCAUGGUGAGCUUUCCAGAUGAUUAUCCACGAGAGAUAUUCACUCUUGAUAUUCCACUGGACCAAGAGCUGCCCCUAGUGAUGGGAAGGCACGUGCAGCAAGCGUCGCUGGAGUGGCUCCAGGCGAAGCACGCCACGAACCGACUCCUCGGUAAAGUGGAGCUGCUCUUCCGGCCUUUUCUCCGCUGGCUCGAUCGCAGUCUGGAGAAACUGUUCACGGAGGGAGCCAGACAGUUGAAAAAGGAUCUUGAUUUGGAAAAAGCUGGCUUGCAAUUCAUAUCAUACCAGGAUCUGCAGGCAACAAUGUGUGAAAAAUCAAACAAUCAUAAACUGGAUACCAAUUCUGAUGCUACGGAUGAGGACGAGGUGGCCGGCGACGAUGUGAAAAACUCAGAAAGCAACAUAGGAGGAGGAGGGGGCCCAGGUAGUGAUGAAGAGCCAGCUGAGGGUGAGGACGCCACACACCUGGUGGAAAACAUUAAGAUCAGCGAGGUCCGCAGAGGCACCGAAGUCAGGCUGCUCGGCCUCACGCUGGGAGAGAACACGGCCACUUUAGUGGCCCAGAACAUCACCGUUUGUCUUCAAUGCAACAGGUGUAAGGUGAUGGCAGACUUGACGCUGAGUGGGAAGACUGCCUGCACAGCUCAGUGUGAGAAAUGCAGCGCGAGAAUCAGUGCCGCAUUCAGACCCUCCAUGUUGCACCACUACAGUGACGUGUUGGGGUACCUGGACCUCCAAAACGCGGUUCCCUCUGACUUGGUGCUUCAAGACUGUCACAUCAUUGUGGGCUGCCUCAGCUGUUCCCAGGAGAGCUCUGUCCAGAACCUUUGUUAUGGUCAAACAAAGGAGGUCAAUUGUGAAAACUGCCAUGGCAAGCUAAGUCUGCUGGCCGAGAGCGCCAGAUUCCAGUACAUUCAGCCACGCAGAGACAAAACAGGUCCAAGUGCUUCUACUGUUAAUUUGAAGACAGUAAGAGAUCCAGCUGUCCAAAAGGGGAAGCCACUACCAGAAAAAGGAGCAUGCAAGCAUUACAAGCAAAGCCAUCGCUGGCUUAGGUUUCCGUGUUGCGGCCGGGCUUACCCUUGCGACGUGUGCCACGAUGAGGACCAGGACCAUCCCAUGGAGCUCGCCAGCCGGAUGAUCUGCGGCUUCUGUGCCAAAGAGCAGCCGUACAGCAACGGGAAGCCUUGCGUCAGCUGUGGCAGCAUGAUGACCAGAGGUGCUCACACCAGCCACUGGGAGGGAGGACUGGGUUGCCGAAACAGAGUCAAAAUGUCCAGAAAUGAUCGGCAGAAGUACGCCAACACCAACAAGACGAUUUCCAAGAAGGCCAGUGAAAAGAAGUAGCCUGAUUUAUUUUCUGAAGAUGUAAAAAAAAAAUUAUAAUAAUAAAUAAAUUCAAUGAGUUUCUAAUUUCCUCCAAUAAAUCAUGUUGUAAUGAUCA